AUGAAUGCUUUCUUCGAUGGCUACGUGCAUGCCAGAACAAACCUUAAAGAAUUUGUUGAUCAGUUCGACAAUGCUCUCAAGAAAAAAGUUGAGAACGAAAACCAAGCUAAUUUCAAUUCAUUUAACUUCAUCAUUCAUUGCAUAUCACACUUGGCUCUUGAGAAGUUUCAAGAUGUAUACACAAAUACAAAAUUUAAGGAGAUUCAACAAGAGAUAAUGGGAAUGAUAUAUUGUCAUUGUCGUUUCAAGAAAAUGGAUGGAGUAAUCGCAACUUACUCGGUCGAUGAUCAAGUAAAGGUUGAAGAUUUCAUCAAGGAGAUUACAUAUACUCUUUACUUUAAUGAGGCCGAGUGUGAGGCAAAGUGUGUUUGUGGAUUGUUUGAGAUGCGAGGGAUAAUAUAUAGAUAUAUUUUUGUAAUCUUUUCAGCUAAGAAAGUCCGUGAAUUGCCAGAAAAGUACAUAUUAGACCGGUGGAGAAAAGACAUAAAACGGGCUUAUACUAUUAUUUCGACCAGUUAUGACGUUGUUGAUCAUAGACCCGAAACUGUUAGGUAUAAAUGUAUUUUGAGAACUUUCAAUGAGGUAAUAACAAAUGCAGUUUCGUGCGAUGAGCAUACUGAAGAAAUGAUUUCAAACUUGUAUACGAUGAAUGAGGUAUGGCGCACAUCGAAGCCCUCCAACACAGAUUCCAAUGUUGGAGGAAGUACCGUGAAUGCAGUCACAAAAUGA